UCAUCAUUGUCCACCAAACUUUAUCUCUCUCUCUCUCUCUCACAGCUUGGUGGACACGAAUAGCAUAUUCGCCGUGUGGUUGACCAAUGACCAAUCAACCACCUUGCUUCCCAAGUUAACUAUACUUGAAAACAUAAGCACAGCUUUCUUUCUAUUUAAAGCCACACAACUAACAAAACCUUGAUUUCCAUUCAAUAUCAAAAGCUCACAAGUUCAAAGCUAAAAAUGAAGAGGGAGGGUCGCCAACAUGGCAUGGUCCGCAACUAUCCCGUCCUAUCAACGCCAUUGGAACCCCGUCCCAGGCGCAGGAUCCUUAAUGAGCUGACCUCUCCCCCUACCGCCGACCUCUUCACUAAAGUCUCCACCAAGCCCACCAACCACUCCAAGUUCACCGGCAAGUGUGGCCGCCCCAUGUGCCGUGGAUGCCAUUCCCACCCAGUUUCCAAGUCCAGGGACAAGGCCAAGGGAGCCCAAAAGAUUAAGUCCGCCUCAGACGUGGUCUCUAAUUAUAGAUUGAUCACUUGGAGGGUGGUGGAUGCGAGGCCGGGCCUCAAACUCACCGGCUUUUCAGCCACCAGUGUUUUGGACUAUAUCGACUACAUGGAGCGUGAUUAUGAAGCUGAGGACCACUACGAUGAUGCUGAUAUUAACGUUGAAGAUUCGUAUCGUGAUCACCAAGUUUCAAAUCCUUCGAUUGAGAUCAUCGAAGGAGACGAUGAAUGUGAUGAUAACAUCAAUGAGGAUGCAACGAGCUUUUGUGAAAUGGUGGAGGAUGAAGAUGAAGAUUGGUGCUUGGUGGAAGAAAUCAUGUGAUUAUAUUUUCUAUGAUUAAAUCAAAAAAAUAAUUGUAAUGUAUUUUUAUUGUAUGCCCAAACUCUGAAGAAAUCCGGUUUGGGCUUCUUCUAUUUGUAUAUUAUAUUAUGUGUCCAUUUGAUUCGCGAUAUCAACUUUGAUUUGUUCAAGUGCUAAUAAAUUAAAAAAAGAGCAUA